CCCUGAGCAGCGGCGCGGCCGCCAUGGCGACCUUCUUCGGGGAGGUGGUGGUGGCCCCGUCCCGCGCCGGCGUGGACGACGAGGAGGAGACCCGCGAGGAGACGCCCGAGGACCGGGAGAUCCGCAGGGAGCUGGAGAAAAAAAGGGAGGUCGACGUCCUGUGGACCUCGAAGUCGGGCGCGCCUUCGGAGAGCUCUGCCGACGAGCCGUUCGUGUGCUCGAAGUUUAUAGUAGCGAUAGGACAUAACGCUGCAGCUUUCCUGUCUUCUUUUAUUCUGGACUCUGUCUGUUGGGAAGUAAUUGGAGUUGUGAAGCUGUGGAAUGAAUGGUGUCGAACGUCCACCACAACAAAUGUCCUCCCGACAGAUUCUUUCUGUUUGUUCUACCGGUUAAUAUCAGAUCCGACAGUUUUGUUGUGCCAGUGUAGUUGCUACGUUGCUGAGGAUCAACAGUUCCAGUGGCUUGAAAAGGUCUUUGGCCGUAUACGAAAGGAGGGCUUGCAAGUAACUAUUCUUUCAACGUGUGCUGUAGCUGAUUAUAAAACUCAGGAAUCCACUUUAACGCUUGCAUCUCCAUUUCUGAAAGCCUUGAAGACAAAAGAAUUCAAAGAGCCGAUCUGCUGCCCGCUACUGGAGCAACCGAACAUCGUGCGAGAUCUGCCUGCUGCUGUUUUGAGUUACUGUCAAGUAUGGCAGAUUCCUGCAGUGUUGUAUCAGUGCUACACUGACGUCAUCAAACUGGACACAGUUACAAUUGAAGCGUUCAAGCCUCUGCUUUCUUCUGAAAUCCUGAAGAAUUUAGUCAAGGAUGUAUCUGAAAGCAAAAAGAUCUUGAGGAAAUUACUGACAACCAAUGAAACUCACAAUAAUAUCUAUAUCUAAAGAGGACAUUUGUGAUGCAGACUGCACUUUCAUGAACUCCAGUUUCUUCAGUAGAGGAUGUUUUGCAAAUGUAGUUGUUUCCUUAAAAGUGGAAUAAAUUCCAGUAGAUUUUUACUUCUACACUCAUUUUUGUUACUUAAAAACUUUUCACUGCAGACACAUGUUUCUUCUGCAUGGCUUGGGAGACCUUCUUCUGGAAUGAUUGUAAGAAAGAGAUCUUCAAUAUGAAAAGCAGCUUCUUUGUCUCCUCCUGAAGGAAUUAUGUUAUCUAAAUGUAUACCUUUUAUAUGUAGAAGAGGACAUGCAGUUAAGGAGUUCUGUCUAUAUGUAACGAGAACACCUAUUUUUUAAUUUAUUUUGAGACACAAAAGUUUUCCUAAUGUUCAAUCCUCUUUAAAGAUUUGUCUAUGAUGUAGAAAAUAAGCCCUGCAUUUCUUACAUAAAGUUAUCAUUUUGUGUGCGUAUAUAUAUGAAUUAUCUAUAUAUAUGUGUGUGUGCACAUUUUUUCUGUAUGCAUUGAUACAAAAUAUAGUAAGUCAAUAAUGGUAAAUAGCUUUAUAAGACCUACUAGUGCAAAAUAGUCUUCAUCUUACUUUACAGAUGAGUAGGAGUCAGGAAUGUGGAGCUGUCGUGAACUACAUAGACUGGACCAACUGUGACUUGGAUUCACCAAGUAGAUGGUCAUGGACAUUUAGGAUGUUGCUGCCUGUGGAGCUGGCAGGAAGAGAGAUGUGCCCACAUUUAGAUGCUGCAGCUUCCAUUUCCAUUGCCUUGCUGAGAGCUCACCUUUGGCAGUUUCAGCUUCAUACCUUGAGUAGGAACCGUAGAGAGGCAGAAUCAUUCCCUGAUGUUACAUCUCUAACAGUGGUGGGAACCUCUCUCAGUGAAACGAGGUGGUAGUCUCACAAGCCGCUGUAGCUGUAUCUGCCAGGGCAAAGUGAUUUAAUUCAUCCAUGUUAAAACCCUGAAUUGCUAGCAACAGUAGGAAUAGUACAGGGUCUCUUACACAGAGUAUGUGAUUCUUAAAGAAAAGUAAAAGUUUAUGUUUUAAAGUGUCUCAAAAAAUUCUCUGAAAGUUGCUAAGAAUUCCAGCAGUGUAUAGAAAAUAUUUUUGGUAAUUGACAUGUGAUUCUGACUUACAUCUUCCAUUUAAUUUUAGCAUUUCAUUUAAGAAAAAUGGUGUUAAAGUUGCUACCAGAUAAUUCGGUGGUGGUGUUGCUGCACAGAGGUCUUUUAAAUUGAACGUAGCCUCUCCUUUUGGAACAGAAGGAUAACAGCUUCAAAGUUUUCUACCAAGUUUAAUGUUGACUUACAGUGGCUGCCAAGUUAAUGUUUUUGAACAGUGUGUUCCUUUAACAGAAUUGUCAUUGCUUCAGGUUUGAAAGUGGUCGACUUAGUCCACGUCCACUGAAGCAAAUGGCUCCCAGCUUCAGCGGGCCCACUACAACAUCUGCCUUUGGAAAUGUUAAACUGCAACACAGCGUGCAGUUAAAGUGGUAGUAGAAUAUUCUUGGUGUGGGUAUCAAGUUAUGUAUCAAUUGAUUUAAAUUGCUGUUAAGUAAAUGAUACUGUAUUUUGAAGUAUCUGUCAAAUAUGAUUAUAUGAGUAUGCUGUCAUACUCAGGAGUAUGCUGUCUCUGAAGCAUGAAGUGCAGAACAUGGUUCCUUCUGUGGUGACUUUCUGCAUAGUGUUUUCAUUAAAACUUGUUUAUAUA